CCGGCCAAGAAGGAAAACAUCAAUGAGCCAAGUGACCAGUUUGCCCUGGCCUCCUGAAGCACUGCAGAGUCUGAGGCCCCGGAAGGGCGAGCAGAAUGCGCCGAGAGAAAAGGAGAGCGACUGACAAUGUUAGCUUCUGCUUCUCCACUGGGGGCCGCAGUCACCUUCACCAUCGGGAAGUAGGGAGAAGCAAACCCCGGGGGUGGAUCUGGCCCUAGGCUCGCUCCAGCUCCAACCUCUGCUUGUUUUUUGCCCCAAUGCAGCAGGCGCUACUCAAACGAGACAGAGGCCUUCUUUAGACUCUGGGGGUGUGGGCACCCACUUAGGUGGCUGCAGCUCUGGCAGGCACGCCCGGCGCUAUUGCUGCGCCCUCCAGUCCGCCCCCCGCCCCAGGGAGCGCGUACCCAAUGCUGGAGAGUCCUCCCUUCCUCAGCUCCCCAGGCGGGAGAUGAUGGAGAGGCCAGACUGGGUCUCUGACCAUCGGGUUCCUGGCCCGAACUGCCCACGGUAUCAAAGUCCGUGACGUGGCGACACUGGCUGAGCCUCAGAAACCGAUCAGGGCUGCAUCCUGAGGCCGCAGAAAGCCCCAACAUCAUGCAAGUGGGCACUGGCUGCCGACUGCCCAGGAAAACCCGGCUGCGACCCUAGCUUGCAGAUCCGGAUCUUGCGCUGCGGGGGCUGAAGUUGCCCUAUGCCAGGGACGUUGCCCCAAGUGCAAAGCCUGGGCUGCCCUGCAGCCUAGGACUCUCUUGCCUAGGGAACCUUCGGGAAGCUCUGCGUUGGAGGCGGAGUGGACCACCACCUCAGAGCCUCUCAAAACCUGCGGAGGACCAGGGACCAAGAGCUGGAGCAGCCCCCAGAGGAUAGAACUGACUGAUGUUCCAGUGUAGUCAGUGAGCUUGCGAAUCUAAACCAUGGAGGCCAAUCAGGAAGCUUCUCUCUUUUUGGUGAAGAUCUUAGAAGAAUUGGACAGUAAACAAAAUACUGUUUCUUAUCAAGACCUGUGCAAGUCGCUAUGUGCUCAGUUUGAUCUAUCUCAGCUUGCAAAACUGAGAAGUGUGCUUUUCUACACAGCAUGCCUCGAUCCCAACUUUCCAGCCACUUUAUUCAAAGACAAGAUGAAAUGCUCUGUAAAUAAUCAGCAGUCAAAGAAAAUCAUGGUGGCGGCAGAUAUUGUGACAAUCUUCAACCUGAUCCAGAUGAAUGGGGGCACUGCCAAGGAGAAGCUGCCCACAAGUUGCCACAAGGUGCGCAAGAAGGAGGCUUCCUUUGAGUCUUGCCGGUCGGACACCGAGGUGUGCAGCCCCACUGUUUGUGAGCCUCUCAACUGCGAGCUGAGUGAGAGGCCCUUCAGCCGAGGCUAUCCCACCAGGCAGUCAUCGAAAUGCCGGAAGAUGGACUGUAAGGAAUGCCCACAGUUUGUCCCUGCCUCUGAGCCCAACUUCCUUUUGGAUGUUAGCAAAGAGGUGAAAAAUCGGGCAGCCUCUCUGGACAGGCUGCAAGCCCUCUCUCCAUAUUCUGUAGCCAGCCCUCAGCCCUGUGAAAUGCAGAGGACCUAUUUCCCUAUGAAUAUUGAGAAUGAGUCCAUUUCAGAUCAGGACUCUCUGCCUAUCGGCCAAGGCAUCAAAGAGACCUUCAUCUCCAGUGAGGAACCAUUCGUGGUUCAGUCCUGUGUUCAGAAAAGGAACAUCUUCAAAGAAGACUUCCACAAUCUCAUGACUGUAUCUCCCAGUUUGGUUGGUACAACUAACAAAGCAGAGGAGGACCAUGAGGAGCCCCGGAGUCAGAAGGAGCUCCACAAGCCACCCUUCUUCAACCACAGCUUUGAGAUGCCUUACCACAGCCAGUACCUGAACCCAGUGUAUUCCCCCAUCCCUGACAAAAGGCGAGCAAAGCAUGAAAGCUUAGAUGACCUUCAAGCCUCUACCUAUUUUGGACCCACUCCAGUGAUGGGAACACAAGAUACCAGGCGCUGUCCAGGGAGGCCCAGUAAACAGACGCCGUGGCCCGCCAAAAGCUGGAGCCUAAACACAGAGGAAGUGCCUGAUUUCGAACGCUCCUUUUUCAAUAGAAAUCCCUCCGAAGAGAAGCUACGCUAUCCAAAUUCUGGCAACCAGACACCCAACUUCUCAGGCCCAGACAGGCAUCCAGUUUACCUGGUGCCAAAGGAUCAACAGAAGGUUCUCCCUGCUGGCUACGCAGUGAAACCGAAUGGACUCAAAUCUAAAGAGAUCCCAUCCCCUGUUGACCUGGAGAAGCACGAAGCAGUCAAGAAGUUUAAAGACAAGAGCAUCAGCUGCACCAGUGGGCAGCACAGCUCAGACACCAGCAGUGUGGGUACCCAGACAGAGCAGCAUGUCCUGGACCCCCCAAAAUGCAAAGACUUGUGUUCUGCGGGGCAGGCCAAGUACAGCGACAGGCAUGCCAUGAAGCACUCGGAUGAUGACUCAGAAAUUGUCAGCGACGACAUCAGUGACAUUUUCCGGUUUCUUGAUGACAUGAGCAUCAGCGGCUCCACGGGAGUGAUACAGUCAUCCUGCUACAACAGUACCGGCUCCUUGUCUCAGCUUCAUAAGUCAGACUGUGAUAGCUCACCAGAGCAUAACCUCGCCAAAAUCACCACCAAUGGGGUCUCCGGCAGCAAGGGAGACAAGUGUAACCGGCCUGAGAACGUCCACCACUCCGAGGAAGAGUUGAAGAGCAGCGUGUGCAAACUGGUUCUCAGGAUUGGUGAGAUCGAGCGGAAGCUGGAAUCACUGGCAGGGGUCCGCGAGGAAAUCUCCCAGGUCCUUGGAAAACUCAAUAAACUGGAUCAGAAAAUACAGCAGCCAGAGAAAGUGAAUGUGCAGAUUGACCUGAACUCCUUGACCAGUGAGGCACCUUCUGAUGACAGCGCCUCUCCGAGGGUCUUCCAUGCACACAGUGGCUCCCAUGGACCGAAGCUGGAGAAUAGUUCUGACUGGUGCUGCUCCGAUGUCAGUGGAAGUAACAGUGAAAGCCUGCGCGUCAAGGCCUUAAAGAAAAGCCUCUUUACCAGGCCAUCUUCCAGGUCCCUGACUGAGGAGAACAGUGCCACAGAGUCCAAAAUUGCCAGCAUCUCGAACUCUCCCAGAGACUGGCGAACCAUCACAUAUACCAACCGGAUGAGCCUCAAUGAGGAGGAGAUAAAAGAUGCUGGCCCAGCCAAUAACAAAGACUGGCAUCGGAAAUCAAAGGAGGCAGACAGGCAGUAUGACAUCCCCCCACAGCACCGACUGCCCAAGCAACCCAAAGAUGGCUUCCUGGUGGAACAGGUGUUCAGCCCUCAUCCCUACCCCUCCUCCCUCAAGGCCCACAUGAAGAGCAACCCCCUGUAUACAGACAUGCGUCUGACCGAGCUAGCUGAGGUGAAGCGGGGCCAGCCUUCUUGGAGCAUUGAGGAAUAUGCUCGGAACACUGGUGACAAAGGCAAGCUGACAGCCCUGGACCUGCAGACGCAAGAAUCUUUAAACCCAAACAACUUAGAGUACUGGAUGGAAGAUAUUUAUACUCCAGGCUAUGAUUCAUUACUAAAACGGAAAGAAGCUGAAUUCAGACGAGCCAAGGUUUGCAAGAUCGCUGCUCUUAUCACUGCCGCUGCAUGCACAGUCAUUCUCGUCAUUGUUGUACCUAUCUGCACAAUGAAGUCCUGAACCUGUGGACUCAGCAUUACAUGCAGCUCAUGACUCCCAACGACUUUCUCUCUAAUUUCAAAAGCUGAUCCCACUGUGGCUACAGUCUGCUGGAAUAGAGACAAAAUCCUGGAUGCCGAAGGUCAUCGUCAGAGAGUACGUACUCCGGAACGACAUCUGCCUAGCUGUUAAGCGCAGGCAUAGCUACCCUCCGAUAUAUUUUCAAAAGUACAAUAUCUUUUUCCACAUAAGGAAUGCCAUGGAUUAUCAGUAAAUAAAAAUUGGACUCUUUCAUUCCGAUGAUGAUUCUUGGUGGGCAUUAAGUUAUACAGAACAGAUUCAAAUAGCUGCUCUUUGAAGGAGCUGACUGACUUGGACACAACAAUUGAAUAAUAAUAAUAAAAAAAGCAAAGGUUUCCUUAACACUCUAAGUGUGUUGCUGGCGAUGUGACUGGAUGUGUGUCCACAAGAACAUGGCUUCUCUCUGGACUUUUAUCAAGGGCUAUUGACUUCCUUCUUGCCCUUCUGCCAUUGUCUGUAGAACAUCUGAAUUGCUGCAGCUCUUGAUAGCAGCUUUCUGAAUUUUCUUCUUUGGCCCAGGUAUGAAGGAGCUGUACUACCAAGCCAAGCAUGAUAUACAGCAUCCUACUUUUGUAGAAUGGGCCAAGAUACUCAGGAUAGGCAACCUUCCUGUUGUUCCCAAAAUGAUGUGGGGAAGCUUGCUGGUUAGGGGACGUUCAACAUCUGAAGGUCACAGCCACCCUAAAGGAUCUUUGGUUCUAGCUCUGGCAUGUGGCUCUGUUCCUUGAUUUUUUUUAAAUCUUGGCGGUACCUGAUGCUCUAUUCUGAAGAGUUUGGAACUUGUCCUUGUGCCUUGAAGAGCAGAGACAAUGGUGACACUUUGACAUUCUAAUUAUAAACCAUGAUUUCCAUCCACCAAUGGCACCGACCAUUUAUGUGGCUUUAAACAAGAUUUUGAAUGCUUAUUCAAUAAUGUGGUAAAGGUACCAAGUUCCCUCAGCUACAAUAACAUUUACUCCAGAGUUUUAAAUAUUUGUCUGCAGUGCAAAAAAAAAAGUAUCUAUUUAAUCAUUUAUCUACCUAUGUCUAAAUACCUGAGUUUCAUUUUUGUCUUCACUAAGUAAAUAUCGAGAGCAAGAUUUUUUCCAAGUGUACAAGAAGCUGUUGUAAUUUUCUUAGCGUUUGAUCUCUGUUCCCACCUGAUUGGUGCUUUGACAAUAAUUGGGCAGAAAGACUCCUUAUCAACAUCUGUGUCUAAUGUCUUACUAUAGGUUAAAUAAAAAAAAUGGUCAUCAGAAACCUUAAAUCUAUUUAAUAACAAACUGGAGUGUACACACAUUUGGUAGAAAUCACUUUGGGAAGUAUGUACUCUUCCUGCAAGUGGAAUCUGAGAAGCCUUUUAAUUUCUAAAGCAAUAGGGGUCCAGCAUCCAUCCUAAAUAUUUCCAAAUAAUGCUGAGCUCGCUGCACCAGAUUCUGUUGUCACUAGUGAAGUGUGGUCAGUGCAUUUUAUAAUGCUAACAGGUAAGGGAUGGAGUCUCUCACCUGUAGGGGGCCUUCGUCCUUAGAGGUCUUCAUGGCAUCUAUUUCUAUUGAUAUGCUAUGUUUACUAAUGGUCUUCAAUUAGGUGACUGAAACUUAAGCCUUAGAAUGGAGGACUUGUCAUUGAAAAUGAUUGAAUAUGAAUGCAUACUUACACACACAUACAUGCAUGCAUGCAAACAUACAUACGUACAUACAUAUAUGUCUGUUGUCAGAAGUUUAGUCUCUUGGUGCUCUGUUUUAGAUUGGGCACUUCAAAUAAGGUUGUUUCACUUCAAAAUGGAUAUUAGGUUACAUCCUUUGGAGUCCCUGUUCCAUUCCAGCCCACCUGUAAGCAAUGACUCUGUGCUACACUGUGAUGUAACCAUUCUGCCCCACACCACAGAUUAAGCUAUCAAAGUAUCAGAAAGAGAACUUUUCAACUUCUUGCUCUGUGGCUAGCUGAACAGCUGAGAUGUACUUUCUAGAAUAAUAAGUAUCUUGUCAUAUCCCAACCUGACUCCUUCCUUUGACCAGUGGAAUUACAGAGGCCAGAUGGCACUCCUGCGAUGAAACUGCUGACAUAAUGAAGCCAAUCACAUUCCAUUUGUUGUCACUGCCCCAGGGCAAAUCUAUUUCUAAUGAGCCCUAUGUGGGUCAUGUGACUAUAAGCCUAAUUCAAGAACAGAAGUGAACAAAUGAAUCCUGCAGAAUUUUCUAAUACCCUUUUCAUUUCUGUGGAGGUAAUCAAAGAAAUCCAGUCUUGCUCUAAGUCCAACUCAAUGUUGUCCCAUAUUGAGAGCAUUUAGACCCAGCAUCCAGAUCAUAAAGGUCAAAGUAAGGAUGGAGGUUGUCUCUGGAAAGGGGUUGUCCUCAAGUAGGUCAUAUCAAGUCUGGUGUUGAUGAACCACACCUUUGCCAUGUUUAUGAGCUCAUGGAUGCCUCAACUCUCAGAAUCCAUAAAAGAUUAUGUUUAUAGUUAGAUCUCUUUCCUUUUGACACCAACUUGAUUUUAUUAUAUCUUAGACUCUCCCUACUUCCCCUAACCCCUCAAUAUUCAUAAUGAAGUAAGACAAAGUUUAGUAGAGAAAAAAGUAUACAUCCCUCACUAUGUUUCCUUGAUCUCCUGUUGGAAUGCAACACUCCCAAGGCACAGGUGACUGACUGGCCUUCUGUACUGAAUGUAAUCUUCUACCA